AUGGAAAGAAAGAAGGGUCACGAUUGUGCAGAUGGUUGGAGCGAUCCUACUAGAAAAACUUUGAUUAAUUUCAUUGCUACUUCUGGAAGUGGUCCUAUAUUUCUCAAGGGUGUGAACUGUUUUGGAGAAGUGAAAGAUAGAUUCUUCAUCUCUGGUCUCUGGUCUUAUGAAGGAGUUGCCGAUACACGUUUUGCUUCUAUCAUUGUGAUGGUUAAGAGACUGAAGAUCAUCAAAAGAGGUCUUGAAGCUAUGGUCAUAAGUGAGGAGUGGUCUACUUACAGAGAAGCUGAUGUGGGGAAAGCAACACUACAAGAAAACAUAAUCUUAACGAGGGCGGUUUUCCUCGUGAUGGCUGGAGGUCAGAGCAACACGUCUGGAGAUUCGAGGGGAUCAUCGUCUGGUCGUCGACCCUCAAGAGGUGCUGGAAGAUUUUUUGAUGUUCCUAAGAAAUGUUGGUGUGGUGAGGUAAAGGUGACGUUGACGUCCAAUUCCGACCAGAAUCCAUACCGAAGAUACUUGCGAUGUUCAUUUGCAGCAGAGAAUAAGCUUCAAAAUGAUAAUCAUAUCUUUAAGUGGGUGGAUGAGGCUUUAUUGAACGAGGUUGAUACACUUUUACUUAAAAAUGCAAGACUUGAAGAAGUGAUUAAUGAGAUGGCAUCAAAGAGUGUCUUUGAGAGGACUGAAACAGAGAUAAUGGCGAGGGUUGAAGAUGCAUUGGCUGCAGCAAAUGCAAAGAUGAAGAAGACAAUGAUCGUGGUUGUGAUUGGAAGCUUGACCUUGGUUGGUAUGAUGGGAGUUAUGUGUCUGAUGAGAAACUGA